UCACGAAGGUUGUUUUUGUUGCUCCGUUGUUUUGUGUGCUAAGAUUUAGCUAAGCCAAUUUGCAGGUGUCACUGAUUAAAUCUCUAUAAGUUUCCAAAUAACACCAAGUUCAACGGAUCGUGUUCGGAAUCGUUUCUUCCCAGAAAACAUUCUGCAUUUCUGGUAUAGUGGGAUCAUAGUAUUAUUGUGCAAGAGAAAAGGAAUUUCACUCUGUCAAACAGUAAACAGAAACAAUUGUGUUAAGUCUACAAGCUAUCCCAAACACGAUAGAUACGAAAUGAGUUCAAACGUUUUUGCUGUACCUCGGCGUAAGUGAUUUCAAUUUAUCAGUACAAUUUUAGCCGGUUUUGCAGCAGUAUGUAAAUUCAUACCAGUGGUAACUGAGUACGGUGCGCUAACGUUACGCGAAUCAUUUGCGAUCAGACGUCAGUGCAUGUGAGAUCGCAUUCGUGAAUGUUCUCCUAAUUAAACGUUGUUUACAAACGAUUAAGGAUUCAAAAAGUGCGAAUUUUAGCAAAUUUAUACUGGACGACACUUUCCAAAUUGUUGUUGAUCAGUUAAGAAGCGAUAGCUGAAGCAAAAAGGUAUAUGCGCACAUAGUUCUUGAGUAAUGACGUGAGGUAUGAUAAAAAUGAAAUUGAUUGUGCAGUGAACGGUUGUUGAUCAAGAUAUUUAAGUGCUUCAGAGAAGAAAGUUGUGUAAUAAUGAAGAAAAUAUUUCUUGGUAUUUUGUUGUAUUGAGUGUAAGAUAAGUGCCCGUUCGAUAAUAUAUUUGUUCGAUUCGGCACGGGCAAAUACGUAAUUGAGUACACAUCGUCAUCACCACCAGCGACAAUCAGAAAGAAAGAUGUUUCAUACAUAGGAAGCGAGUGAACCAUGCGGUUCGUUGAUCAAGUGCGGAGACCAGCAGAUAGUGGUGCUAGAGAAUAUAGUUGACUAUAAAUAUAAUGGCAUUAUUUAAUAAACUUUUUUCGACCAACAAGAAGCGGAGCACUAAUUCAACUACACAAAAAUCUACCUCAGGACUAUUUCCAUUUACGGUCGACCAAGUGCGUGUUAUUCUUUUUCGUGAGUGCGACAUCAGAGGACGGAAGCUUUUGUUUGAUUCUAGCGCAGUGGAAAAAAUUCCAGACCUACCUCCAACAUCUCCAUCGCCAUCCAAUGACUCCACAAAUUACAAAUCGAUACCACAUAUCCAGAAAUGUGACCACUGCAAAGCAUUGUAUCAGCAUAGCACAAAUCUCAAAAGUGACAUCAAAUCGAUAGCAGAGAUGAUGUUCGGGUCGGCUCCCAUCGCAUUUCAGGGCAGCAGUUUGAAAGUGCAUUGGUUGAAGGCGUCGAGGACUGUGAUGUAUUCUCAUGUGUUUUCUGCUCCGGUACAAAAUAGCGCCAAUGGAGGUAGCAGCAAUCCCCAGUGGAAGCAUCAAUCAGACUUGUUGGGCACCGGAUACAACGGGUCGUCGUACUACAACCAUCAUCCGUCAGGCAGUGAUCUAAGUUCAAUGGAUACUAGUUCACUUCGCUCGUUCACCGUAACAUCCUCAACUUCAACACAACAUGACACCUCGUAUAACCAUCGCCAAAGACCGCCGUUACCGCUUGAGUUCGGCCAUGUGGAUCGACUGAUGGGUCCAAGACUUUCCUCCAAUAGUGGUGUAGAUUCGGGAUACGGUGGCACCGAUCCAUGGGGUUUAUCGACUAACAGCUCCCGACAUCCGUUGUCUUCACAUCGCAGCAGUUUAGCGUCUAUUUGUAGUGACUUUGAGUGCUUUCGAAGACUGAGUAUCGAUACUACUUUUGAUAUUCCUCCGGCUAUGUUUGGCACUAGUUUAGAAGACUGUAGUGAAUAUGGUAGUUUACAUAGACGUUUUUCGAAAAAUGUUUCGACAUCAUUUGAAAACAGAACGACUGUGGCAGAUCAUGUAGGUCAUGUUGACGAGUUGAAUCAAGUUGGAUCCACCAGUACUAGUAGUCAGGUUGCAGCGAGUGAUAGUUGCGUUGGCGGUAAACAUCGAAGAAAUAGUGAAACAAUGGAGUUAACGCGUCGGAAAGCGUUUAGUGGAGAAGUCCUUUCAACAACAACGAAUUAUCAUGGAAAACCACCGAGCAAAAAGGCACGUUUGGGUGUUGCGUUGUGUAUCCAAAUCAAUGGCAUCGCAAUGCAAGAGAUGGAAACGUUUUGCUCGGAACAUAUUACCAUAUUCGAAUCGAUGCUGUGUCGACUCAGAGUAUCUGCGGAGAAAGCUUGCCAUAAGUGGCCCCAAUUUCUACAGAUUAUGCUCGCUGCGUGGCACUUUACACAGCAAUGGUUGAUGGAUUUCUUCACAACACCUCGCCUGGUACAUCCAGUUUGGAUAACUUUGAGUAGUAGCCCUGGUGCUACAGGAGCUCAGAACAGUACACACUCUAAUCGUACGACUCUUGCCAUUGCGAACAACUUCAUGAACGAUCUUUGUUCGCUGUUGUCGUUGGCGGACACCAAGGACACUAACUUAUUCAUCAGCACACUUCUAACGGCAGUAUUGACUCAUCAUUUGGGUUGGGUCAGCACGAUUGCGCCAAUGACUGGUUCAACGGCAGAUGACAGACAUUCUGAUACGAUACAGCGGAAGAAAGCUGAACUGUCCAAAAUAACAGCAAAUAAACCAUACAAUGUAUUAUGGGCUCAAUUGGGUGAUUUAUAUGGAGCCGUUGGACAUCCCGUGAAACUGUCGAAAACAAUAAUUUGUGGCAGUUCUCAGCUGAGCAAUACAAUAGAGAAGAUUCUUAAUGUUUUAUCGUAUUUUAUAAGAUGUAGCGAAAUCAAGAGAACUGUUCACAUUGAAGUGUUCGAGGAGAAUUCGGUUAAUGAAGCUUUUGCUACGCAAAAAAAUGUAAAUUCUUGUGAACUACACAAAGUAGGGAAUACACGAACCGAAAUCAAGCCAACAAAAUUGAGAAGAACUGGAUCUGGUUUGAUACGGUCGGCAACUAGAACGAAAGAUUUGACCGCAUUGAAUAACGAUGCAGUGGCCCCAAUGGAUGGCGAACUGUCCGCGUUGCUGAAGAAGAAUGUAAUGAAUGACAUCCCCAAUGUGCUGGUUUAUCGUGAUUCACGUUUUGUGCAACAGGAGCUUAGAAUAGGUAACAAAUGUAUGGAUACGGAGCUCCGUAUGAACGCCAAGGAGAAACAAUUCUUGGAGAUGAUUUAUCACAUUAAGAAGGGCAGCGAUGGUUCCGCAAUAAGGAUGACUCUCACGCAGCCGGAUGAAACGGGUCAAGAAGCUAUAGAACUGGACGACAACGAUACAGACGAUGUUCAAUCAGUUAGGUUGUCCAAGCUUAUAACUGAAAACAAUAUUGGUGAAAGUGAAAGAAGGCAAAAGUUACUUUGGGGAUUGGAACGUGUUAAAGAAGGAAUUUCUCUCGAACAACUGAAAUAUAUUGAUGGACUGCGUGGUGAUUACAAGGUAUUGAUGGAAAAUAAACCGAAAGAAGAUGUAGUUUUUGUGCUUGGCGACGACGAACAGCUGGUCAAUAUCAAACAUACGGGUCAGACAGGUCACACUAAACAUCACAGCAAAGCAAACGAACUCGGAGCGGUCGGUGGUAAGAAGCCAUGUUCUCAUAGCAAACUUCGUAAACAUUCCGUCAUAUUCGACUUCGAUCGUUAUCCAAAAGUGUUUGAGAAUUAUUUGAAGAGUCAAAAUCUGGAUCUCACUGAAUAUGAUUUCCUGGAGAAAGGAAUGAAACUUGAGAUGGCUCUAAAAUUUAAUCCGGAAACAGAAUUUUCAUCAUUUCCUGAUCCUGCCGAGGAGGAGUGUGAUGUUUGUAAAAAUGCGUCUCUGUUCUCGUUGCAGACUCCUACCAACGCAUCUGAGCUGGAAUUUUCCAGUGAUCUCAACGAAGAAAGUGAUUUCAGCUCUUCACAUGCAUCUACAAGUAGAUCCAGCAUUGAAGAGGAACUCCGUAAUUACUCAGGAAAUCAUCCUCAUGAUAACAUUCCGAGAGCCUUAACGAAAGCCAUGGCAACUCUAGAAGAAAACGCUGAACUUAAAAUCAAACAUCCAGAUAGUAUUCUUAAGCUUGUGGAUAUUCCCUUGUCAAAAUUUGUGAACCCCGUAAAUUUGAAUGAUGAGAACAACAAUGACAAGACUGAUAAAGUAAGCAAAUUUCCAGACGCAGUUGGAUUCGUACCUUCGUUGUUCUCGCUUGUGUGCGAUCGCUAUAUGCCUGAUAUGAUCCUCCAGGGAACGACUGCUCCACCAGCCACCUGGGACAAACAGUUGAAUAAGGAACUGCUGUUCGCUUCUCGAUUUGCUCUGGUAGAACAAUAUCCAGUAGAGAAUCUUGCCGUUGUAGCUAAUUUGGAGACCCACGACGUUCGGGUAGUUUCGUCCCAUAUGUCCUCACUGCCUCCAUCAAAUCCGAAUGGGGACUUGGUAGGCAUGUCUCAACUCGUUUCCUCUAUGCUGGAAACAGUACAUGCUAUGUGGUCCUCCGGUUUAUCCUCCUUCCAGUGCAUGGCCUUCAUCGAGUCCAAAUUACGUGAGUUUUAUCUGCAGUCGGAAACUAUAGCUAGCUUCUUAUUGGCCACCGAUUUUUGUACGAUUGGUUCGAUAACAGCGGCUUUGGACAUCACUGCCAAUGACAUGCCGUUACUGUUAUCCGUUGCAUCGAUACAUUCUCCAGAGGUAACUAAGCGGUACGGGAUACAGUUCCGGUAACACUGAGUUGUGAGUCUAGUAUAGAUAGGUGAGCAGAUUUAUCUGUGAUAAUAAUUUAAGGACAAAUCAAUGGACGCAUUGAGGGGAUCUGAAUUAGCUGAACGAAUUGAUAAUAGCGUAUUCUUGUGUUGUGUGCAUACUGUGAAUUCUCCUGAUCAGACAGCUUUAAGUUACAAGAGGUAGCAAAUUUACCUCAAUCAUCUUAGAUAGUAUUUUGUAAACAGGUUCUUCGGUAGAAUUGAACUAAAUAGUAUUACUUGGUAUAUAAAAUAA